AUGAGCUCAAGAAACCAACACGCACGGUUCCAAGUCUUCGCGGACGAACUGACCGCCGACUCGCGCGACCGCCCCCUGCGAUACGAGAUCGAAAACAAAAUCAGUGUCUUCUUCGACGACAUCAACGAGAAACGCUGGACGAGCGUCAAGAGCUACUUCAACGAUGACGCCCGAGUCAUAUUUGGCUUCAGAAGUCCGAACCAAAUCAUCGACAAAGAUGUUGAUCUGGUGAUCGAGCGGAUCAGAGAGAAGACCGACGGCAUGCGGCGCGUCACGGUGCCUACCUUGGUGCUCGUGGACCGAGGGCGGGUGACUUGCUUCCUGACCAACUUGUGGAUCGAGAUCGACGACAGAGAUGACGACGCGACGCUGGAUCUCGUCGAGGCAGACACGCUGUUUGGAGAAAUGCACGAGGUGGCUAUUAUCGACCUGGACGACGAGUACAAAUUCAAGCGCGUGGAGUUUCGGACUACGACUCGGCAGGAGAUCAGACAAAGGGGGACCGUGGAGGAUUUUGAUUACUUGGUGCGGAAAACGAGAAGGAGCGAGUAUUAUGUGAUCGAGUCCGACGAAUAA